AUGACGGUCGCUGAAGUUGAUAAAGGACCCACGUUGGGCAUGAGGCACAUGCAGGCACUUCUAAUAUUCCUCAAUAUUGUUGUUGUCUACAUCAGUCGUUUAAAUAUUGGUGUUGCUGUGGUGGCUAUGACAAAUGCCGAGACAACAAAUCCCGAUUUUCCAGAAUUCGAUUGGGAUGAAAAAGAAAUCUCCUAUAUUCUAUCCAGUUUCUAUUGGGGUUAUGUGUUUACACAAUUUCCGGGUGGAGCAUUGUGUAAGCUGUUCGGUGCCAAACUGACAAUGGGUGUAUCGACAUUUUUUUCUGCAGUACUGACUGUAGUGACACCAGUUGCAGUUAACUGGGGUGGUUGGCAGGCUUUCUGUGCAAUACGAGUAAUACAAGGUCUCUUCCAGGGUAUGCUGUUCCCCUGCAUACACGAACACUUGGCCAAAUGGUCUCCUCUGCAAGAACGCAAUCGUUUGGGAGCACUCAGUCAUACGGGUAUAGAAUGUGGUACCGUAUUGGCUAUGGCCAUUACCGGUCUAAUUGCAAAGGGUCCAAUGGGUUGGCCUGGUAUUUCAUAUGUCUCGGGAGGUUUAUGUUUUGCCUGGUGUAUUUUGUGGUUUAUAUUCUCCGCAAAUAAUGCCACCGAAUCACGUUUUACCAAAGAAGCUGAAAAGAAUUAUAUAGAAUCAUCUAUGGAACAUGCAGAAGAUUUCCAUAAGACCAAGAUACCAGUACCAUGGAAGGCGAUAUUUUUAUCGAUACCAUUUAAUGCAUUGCUGGUGGCACGUUGUUCCGAAGGUUGGGGUCUAGCAACACUGCAGGCUCAAAUCCCCUCAUAUUUGCAUGGUGUUUUGGGUAUGGAAAUUAAAUCGAAUGCUUUAUUCUCGGCCUUGCCAUUCCUGGCCAUGUGGGCAAUGUCCUAUGUUUAUGUUUUGAUAUCAGACGUACUACAACGUAAGAAGAUUCUAACAUUGUCGUUGAUCAGAAAAUGCAUAAACAGCUGUGCAUUUUGGAUACCGGCAAUUGGAUUGAUUGCCAUUGGUUUCUUGGAUGAAAAUAAAAAGUCCUUGGCCAUUGCAUUAAUGACGAUAUCUGUUGGUGUGAAUAGUGGGGCCACAAUUGGUAGUUCACUGAAUACCAUUGAUUUGUCACCAAAUCAUGCGGGUAUUCUGAUGGGUAUUGUCAAUACCAUUGCUAAUUUUAUGCCUCUGAUUUCACCGUUGGUGGUGGGUGUAAUUGUGACAGAUUCGAGUAAUCGUUCUCAAUGGCAAAUUGUGUUUGCCCUCUCUGCAAUAAUAUUCUUUGUGGGAAAUCUAAUCUACAUUAUAUGGGGCACGGCAGUUGCUCAACCAUGGGAUGCUGAAGAUUUUCUUUUGCCCAAAGAUGCAGAAACUUCAGCUAAUGAUGAUACCUCAAAACCGCAAGCCAUAGAGGAUAGUAAAAAUGACAUAAAUGAAGAGAAAACAAAUUAA